ACUCGCUCCCGCCGCCUGGACUCCCGCCGCCCGGACUCCCGCGCGUGCGCACUGCCGCUGUGUCCGCGCUAGUGGACUCAAUAAAGUUCGCGCGCGCCGGAAGCGGAAGCGGCGAGUCUCCAUGGCGGCGGCGGCGGCGGCGGGGCCGGUGUUUUGGAGGCGGCUGCUGGGCCUCCUACCUGGUCGACCCGGACUGGCCGCACUGUUGGGGCGCCUGUCCGACCGCUUCAGUAGGAACCGGGACCGCCGGCGCAGGAGGUCACCAUGGCUGUUAUUGGCUCCCUUGUUGUCCCCAGCCGUUCCCCAGGUCACUUCCCCACCUUGCUGCCUCUGCCCAGAGGGCGUGCACAGGUUCCAGUGGAUCAGAAACCUGGUUCCCGAGUUUGGUGUCUCCAGCUCUCACGUCAGAGUCCUCUCUUCCCCGGUAGAGUUCUUCGAGCUCAUGAAGGGGCAGAUAAAAGUAGCCAAGAGGCGGGUCGUGAUGGCGUCUCUCUACCUGGGCAUAGGACCUUUGGAACAGGAACUGGUGGAUUGUCUGGAAAGUACUCUAGAAAAGUCACUGCAAGCAAAGUUUCCGUCUGACCUCAAGGUUUCCAUUCUCCUGGACUUUACCAGGGGCUCAAGAGGCAGGAAGAACUCUCGUACGAUGCUGCUGCCCCUCCUGCAGAGAUUUCCAGAGCAGGUCCGAGUCUCCCUCUUCCACACUCCAAAUCUCCGUGGACUUCUCCGACUCCUCAUCCCUGAGCGCUUCAAUGAGACCAUUGGCCUCCAGCACAUCAAAGUGUACCUCUUUGACAACAAUGUUAUCUUGAGUGGUGCAAACCUGAGUGACUCCUACUUCACCAACCGCCAGGACCGCUACGUGUUCUUGCAGGACUGUGCAGAGAUUGCCGACUUCUUUACAGAGCUGGUGGAUGCGGUAGGGGAUGUGUCCCUGCAGCUGCAAGGGGAUGACACUGUGCAGGUGGUGGAUGGGAUGGUGCAUCCUUACAAAGGUGACCGGGCUGCUUACUGCAAGGCGGCCAAUAAGCGGGUUAUGGAUGUGAUCCACUCAGCCAGGACCCGCCAGCAGAUGCUGCAUGCCCAGACCUUCCACAGUGACUCCUUGUUGACCCAGGAAGAGGCAGCAGCCGCUGGCGAUCGGAGACCAGCGCCCGACACUUGGAUUUAUCCGCUGAUCCAAAUGAAGCCCUUUGAGAUCCAGAUUGACGAGAUUGUCACCGAGACCCUGCUGACUGAGGCUGAGCGAGGUGCCAAGGUCUACCUCACCACUGGCUACUUCAACCUGACCCAGGCCUACAUGGACCUGGUCUUGGGCACACGGGCUGAGUACCAGAUCCUGCUGGCCUCCCCAGAGGUGAAUGGCUUCUUUGGGGCUAAGGGUGUGGCUGGUGCCAUCCCAGCAGCCUAUGUCCACAUCGAGCGGCAGUUCUACGGUGAGGUGUGCAGCCUGGGGCAGCAGGAGCGGGUCCAGCUACAGGAGUACUGGCGGAGGGGCUGGACGUUUCAUGCCAAAGGCCUCUGGCUGUACCUGGCAGGGAGCAGCCUGCCCUGCCUCACGCUGAUUGGCUCUCCUAAUUUUGGGUACAGGUCAGUUCACCGGGACCUGGAGGCCCAGAUUGCCAUCGUGACAGAGAGCCGAGCCCUGCAGCAGCAGCUCCACCAGGAGCAGGAGCAGCUCUACGUGCGCUCAGGUGUGGUGUCUUCUGCCACCUUCGAGCAGCCGAGUCGGCAGGUGAAGCUGUGGGUGAAGAUGGUGACUCCAUUGAUCAAGAACUUCUUCUGAAGACUGGCAGGUGCCAUCUCACGCGCCGCCUCUCAGCGAGGUUUUGCUGAGAGCUCAGAGUCUGGCCAGGAUAGCCUUACUACUUGAGCUCCUGGGGACCCCUCCAAGAAACCCUGAAGCUUCACUGUCACCUCCUGCUUGGUUAAGCACAGAGCUCUUCCUCUGGGUUUGUGGGCAGUUGGUCUCAAAAAUCUUUGAUGCUAAGUUAGGCAGCCGGUUCACCUGUGGUCAGUACCAGGAUCAUCUAUGAUGGGAUCGGCAGUAUGGGGUCCUCUUCCAUCCUGGGAGGCCCUGGGGCAAGGGCCUUGUGCCCAAGGAGACAGAAGGACAGAUUUUGUCCUCCCUCCUCUUAGCUGAGCGCAGCCCUGCAGGAGAUGGUGGCUGUGGAGGAGGAGGAAGUGCUCUUGGACGGGAGAGCAGCUGUGGCAUGCAGCCCUAGUCAGCUGCAGCUCAGAGGAUGACCUAGAGGCCAAGCUAGACCUGGGGGCUGCUGCCUUGCCAUCUCCUUGAGGUUUCUGUGAUGCAGUUAGGGAGAGGCGAUGUUCUAGAAGGAGAUGCAGUGUUUGGUGCAGGGUUCUGCCCACCAGGAGGAGCUUACUGCUUUGCGAGAGCUGUUGGCUGGGUACCAAGACAGAUGCUUGGGUAGCCCUUACCUGAGCAGCAGCUUGGUUGUGAGAUACCUGGAGGUCUGGGUGAGUGCCCUCUUCGGAGUAGACCCCUAUGUUCUAGGCUCCUCAGGACUCAGCAUACCCUGGGGUACCCAGAGAGGUCAGGGGUUUUGUGGGUUGUCUGCUAGUUGGAGUGGCUUGGGCUUGGCUUGUGGGCGAGGCAGAGUAAGGGGUGCGCAGCUGGUGCCCACUUCAGUAUCUGGCGCCAGGUGUCUACAGCGCGGUCUCCUUGGCUCCCCUGCCACCUUGCUUCUCUCAGUCUCGUGUUUUGAACGAUUUUUUAUCGUUUUCAUCAUGUCGUUUUAUUAUUUUAAUUACAUUCAAUUUAAUUUUAUUUAAAUAACAUACAAAUUUAGAGAAUAAAAUGGUACCAGGACCUGUAAGAUGCAGCUGAUUCUUGCCUUUUCCCCAUCAGCUACUUUGCAGUAUGAACUAGGGGUUGAACCCAGGACCGUGUACAUGCCAGGCAAGCACCUGCUAGCCACUUUUGAUUCGGUUCUCCUGAUAGUUACACAUGUCCCUAUUUCUACACAUGUGCAUUACCUCCUGGAAUAUAAGCAAACUCUUCAGAAUAUAAAUUAUACUAAAUCAUACCUGAUUAAAAAUGAUAAGGUUCUUUAUCAGAUCGUCAAAAGGUAUGCAUAAUUCCAGUUGCUCUAUAGGUAUUCUUUUAUAUUUUGGAUUUGUUUAUGUGACCUGAAUUCCAAAUAAGGACAACACCCAGUGAUUGGCUGAUAUGUCAGUUCCUAUUCUUUGGUACCUUCUUGUAGCAGGACAUCUUGAAUAUGCAGGCCAUGUAUAUUUAUAGAAUCCUGCUCCUUCCCCCCACAUCUCCACAAGCUAGUUUCAACCCUUGCCACCUACUCUCUGCAUCUCAGGGGCUCGAACUUUGCACGAGGUACACGGCAGGGCACAGUGGUGCAUCCUUUAGGGAGGCCUGGCUAGAGCCUGUCUGGCACUUUGCCCCUCUCUGCUUCCUAAGAGCUGGCAGGAAGGAGGGUCACUUUUUUGGAAUCUGAAAGGCCAGCCGGCCUUUUCACCACCUCCAAGCUGUGUGCACAUGGAAGCCCCAAAGCACCUGGUCUGAGGCGAGGACAGUGCAGGUCUUACUUGCAGGGGGCAGGGUGGAGCGGUGGCCUGACCACACUGCCCCAGGGUAGCAGCACAUCAGUUAACACUGCUUGCCUCUGCAGCAGUUACCAGAUAGGCUUGUGGGACAACUAUGUGAGAGGAGCCACAGGAACUGCAGGGGCGCUGGGUUUCUGUUUGGAGAGACUUGCUUCAACACUGCUCACAUUCCUGCAGCUUCUCUGGGACCAGAAUAAACAUCAUUGUGCCGCAGCCAGGCUUGCGCAAGCUUCUGUGCUGUUCCCUUUGCCCUGCCACUUCCUUUGUCUGCUCACAACCUUCAGGGUGUCCAGGGCAGGUUCUUCACCCAGGACUUCUCAGACCAGGGCUCCCCGACUCUGCAAAGCAGCCAGAACAGGCAGAGCCCAGAAGUGAUGGCUGCUUCAGGGCCCCAGCAAGUGAGGGUUUUGCUUUGAACCCUGCUGUCUCCAUCCCUGAAGUACAACUUGAAAGUGAAUCAUCCCUUGGAAAAUGUGGAGAUAAUUUUGUCAACUAGCCACAACAUGUACAUGUAGAGUAAAUUACUGUUUUAUUUCAGGCUCUGAAGACAAAAUGGGAAGAGCUUCUCAUUUUGUGGUUAUUACCAAAGAUUGGGAGUUGCCUGGUGGCUGCUGGCAGUUUUAUCUCUAGUUGAUGAGGGACCUGUCCAUGCUAGGACACAAAGGGCUGCAGUGACCCCUCCUGGCCAGCAAAGGUGGUUGCCCAGAAGCCAGGCACCAGCCGAGAUGCCGGGGUCCUUUACUGUACCCCAGAGGGGUCAAUUCCCAUUGCCCCAGGAAGGAGGAAUGUUUCUCCUCCCCCUGAUCAGCAUGGCUGGGCCCCAGGAUUGUUGCUUAUUAUUACCCUCAGAAUUCAGACUUCCCAGGCCUCUUCUUCAGCCAUGGCUUGGGUGCAUGUAGUUGGAAAAAAGGUUUUGCAAAAAACCCCAGGAUUGGGCUGAGCUUCAGAUGCUAUUCCUGAGGAGCUCACGGCACUUUGCUACUUUUAAGCCCAAGGAACGGAGACCAUGUCAUGCUCCCCCAGGGAGCCAUCUUACCUGGAUUAACCAGUGAUCUUUUAAUCUGGUUAAUCAGCUGCCCUCUUCUCUGAGGGCCAGUCUGACAGCUCUUGUGUUGACACGGUCAGAGUCCUAAGCCCUGGGCUUCAUCUCACUGCUGUUGAAACGGCUCUGACUGCAGAAAGAGCAGAGUCCUGCUGGUCAGAAGGGCUUGAAGUACCACCUGCAGCCACCGUCGCCUGGGGCAG